AUGGACUGCUCUCCAAACCAUCAAACACCCAUGGUGGACAUGACGAACCGGCGAAGACCCAUCACUUCUUGCUUGGAAUGCUAUCGUAGGAAACUAAAAUGCAACCGAGUCAGGCCAUGCAACCAGUGUUGCGCUCGGAAAGGCCCGGAGAAGUGUUACUUCAGCAGCGACAAGGCACCCUCGGACGCUCGUUCGACGACGCCUCAGGCGCAACUCGAACCGUCGAAUGUUGAUCCGAACAUCGAUGGAGGCAAGCCGACGUCUAGCCUUGUUGAUCGAGCUGGCUAUGCCGCAACACCGGGAAGCAGUACUUUUCUUCGACUAAAGUGUGAAGGCGUCUACCAAUAUUGCCCCGGUCCAUCAAUUGCCCCGUCAAUACCACAGCAAGGCGUCCAACAUGAAUAUUUGCGCUUGGUGGCAAGGUUGCCGGCCCCGGACAUCGUCGACGCGCUUCUCGACUUCUUCAUUCGGGAUCUGUACUGGGUUUUCAUCCCCGUUGACGAGGAUCAUCUGAAGAACAUGUAUCGCGACUGGCUCAACGUGCCACCUGAAGGCCACGUAAGAAGCAGCAGCCUGGAUACUUCGCAAAGAGAACUCCUUUACUUCCCUGCACUGCUGUUCCAGGUCUUAGCACAAAUUGUGCAGCACUUGUCACCGCAGCACCCUUCCGCAAAAGCCUUGGGGCUCAAGGACUAUUCUGACUGCCGUCGUCUGUCGCAAACAUUUUACCUUGUCGGCAGUAAACUGAUAUCUAUUCUCGGUCGGAAAUACCCGACGUUAUGCUCGGUGGAGCACGACCUUGUUGACUGUUCCUGGCUGAAAGACUCGGGCCGAGGAACAGAAGCAUGGCAUCGACUCGGGGAUGCGAUAAGCAUUGGCGCCUUGCUGUUAGGAAGGCCUCGACUGCUGCAUCGGGAGGAUAUCUCGACUCCGGCGCCUCUGGAUUGGGACUACUCCGGAGAUGCAGCAACAGCAUGGGUGCUGCCAUUCUCAGGCGACAACCCCGCAGACGCAGGUGGCAUGCUUUUCCUUACUCUGGCGCACAGGAUUCACAACUUGCUGGCCUUCUCAGCAAACGGACGUUUCGCCCAAGAUUAUUCCAAGGUACUUGAACUUCAUGAAGACAUAUCUUCAUUACGAGAGAAGGCCUCUUCGUUGUUGCAGGGUGACCAGUCGACCGCCACACCUAGUAUAAAGACAUUGCGACUCAGCAUACUGCGGCUGACUCUGGUCAACACAGUCAAUGCCGUCCUGAUGGCUCUGCAUCGCCCAUUCAUCGGGAGCCAUCCCCCAAGCCGAUCAGCAGCGAUAAACGCUGCUCUUGAUGGGAUGGAUCUGCAGCAUUUGAUUUUUGAUCUCGUUCCUCAUCCGCAGAACAGACUAUACGCCACCACUCUCUCCACCAUUGAAGCCUCCGUGUUCCUCUGCGGGAUCAUGAUGGACCUACCUCCGCGAGAUUCCGUCGAGGAUCGUCGAAUCAGACAAGCUAUUCUCCUGGCAAUUGGGCGGCUCGCCGCAACGAAGGACUGGAGUCCUUUAGCCGAGGCCGGCGAACAAGUCUUACGGCGGUUUUACCAUAAAGUCCAAGCCGCUCGGCGGCCCGCUGUUGAGCAGGCAGGUUGGCUCCAACCCGAUGCUCUGCAUGGGCCUAUGUUUCAGGGUAGUGACCAACUUUGCGAUAUUGCCAUACCAUCGCCGCAGCAGCCUCCCCACGAAAUUUAUCAAUCACUUUUCGGUCAUGGGCAAGCCUCACUCGGACCUCUUGGCCUCCUUGAUCGUUCAGCUUCGACACUUGAGGGCUUUGGCCCUGGUGAUCUCGGACGGUUCCCCAAUCAGGACGAGUUUCUGUGGCCGGACUUCGACGAGAUUCUUUGA